AUGGAGCCCGGGAAGCUCCUGAGCGGCGAAGCCUCCGUGGCCGCGGUGCUGCCAGCGGGCGGGAGUGGGGAGCGCCUGGGGAGCGCCACCCCGAAGCAGUUUUGCGCCCUGCUGGGCAGGCCGCUCAUCAGCUACACGGUGCGGGCGCUGGAGAGAAUAAACUGGAUAUCCGAUAUUGUUGUGGUGGUGUCUCUAGAGAACAUUGAAACAAUGAAAUCUAUCAUUGAAAAAUAUGGCCACAAACGAAUUACGGUUGUAGAAGGUGGAAUGACUCGCCACCGGUCAAUUUUCAAUGGACUGAAAAUCUUUCCAGAGAGCAAGCUUUCCAGCUGUCCACUCCAGAAACCAGAAGUAGUGAUUAUCCAUGAUGCUGUGAGGCCGUUUGUCGAGGAAGAUAUUCUUCUUAAAGUGGUUUUGGCUGCUAAAGAACAUGGGGCAGCAGGAGCAAUCCGUCCUCUCGUCUCUACUGUUGUUGCUUCCUCUGCAGAUGGUUCCUUAGACCAUUCACUAGAACGUUCCAGGUACAGAGCAAGUGAAAUGCCUCAGGCUUUCGUAUUUGAUAUAAUCUAUCAAGCAUAUCAUCAGUGUAGUGAUUAUGAGCUGGAUUACGGGACAGAAUGUUUGCACUUGGCUCUAAAAUACUGUAAAACGAAUGCCAAACUUAUUGAAGGAUCGCCUGACCUCUGGAAGGUGACCUACAAGCGGGAUCUGUAUGCUGCUGAAUCAAUUAUUAAGGACAAUCUAUCACAACAAGUUUGUGUUACCACUGAUAUGAAAGAAGAUGCUGUGCAGUUAGGUUUUCUCCUUCAUGAAACUCUGAAAAACGAAGUAAAACAGGCUAAAGGUAAAUCAGUGUUUCUAUGUAAAAAUGAUAAUCGUCUACAGAACAUCUUUUUAGGACAAUGCUACAAUUUUAUUUGCAUAAAUGCUAAAAAAUCUGACAUUAAAGAAACCCAGCAAUUAGUGGAUAUACUUGAAAAUGCAAGAAUUUCUGUCUUACAUCCAGUUGUUCUCAUUUCGGUCCAUUUGAAUGUUUCAGAAAAUAUGUCUUUCAGCAGUGGAAUGGAAGAACUGGCUGGGAUAAAGGAAUUUGCAAAGGAAGUGAAAAAGAAACAUAUUUUGGUUUAUGGUCUUCUCAUCCACUACAAUAAGGAUGAUCCGAAGCUUCAGGAGACAAUAAAUUCUGCUGCUGCCAUUAUCUCUGCAUUAAUAAAGGACAGAAACCCAGAGCUGAUUGGCCAGCUGUUGGUAGCAUGA